CGGCAAACAACGCCGGGACGACGCGUGUGUCGCGACUCGAGCUCUCGUGUCGUCGUCGUCGUCGUCGCGUGCGCUCGGCGAGAGACUCGGCCGCGUUUAUAUACACGUUAUAUUAUUCGACGGCGACAGCCAACAACAAAAAAAGACACGAUCGAACGAGACAAAUAGAAAUUCAACAACAUCGGCUGCUGCUCCAUAUUAUUAUAAAUAUUUACUCGAAUUGCGCGCACGCACAGACCGACGACCCGAUGCCUGCGUAAUCGCGAGACGAGUUGUUACUUUCGCGCUCGCCGUCGUAUACGUUUGGGAGCAAAGUAAAUAGAGGCGAUCAGCUUGAGAGAGGCUCGUUUGUGUAUCGUAUAAUAGCAGCAUUACAACAAGUAGGAAAUAAUUCGUAUACAGGAGAUAGAGUCGAGAGAUCGCCACAGGAUGGUCUUAUAGGGUGCAGUGCGCGCUUACGCCCGUGUUUUUCAAGUGCAUUGGAAUAAAGUAAACGAGUGCAUCGCGCAGUGUGCGGUUCGUCUCCCGCCUAUACGCAUCGAUUAAAUGCGAAAGAAGAAAAAAGUAUAAUUCCACGUGAAUCGGCGAGCGCGUGUGCUUUAUACCGGAAAAUAUCGUACGUGAUACAAUAUACACGAGUGUAGAUCGACGAGAGAAGAGUCGAGAGAAAUUUCGCAGUGGUGCCUUGUGCCUGUGCUUCUCGUUGCGUUUUCCUGACAGAUUUAUCAUUUUUCGUGUACGGUGCUGUGUGUUUAUGAGCCGUGUGCGUUUUGUGCCGACGAUAUCUCAGUGUGUAUGAGCUCGGUGCGUUCGCGUACACCGACAUAUUCGCAGGCCGCUGCUCGCUUGCGAUGUAUAAAUAAAUAUCUAAUAAGCAGUGAGCGAGCGAGCGAGCGGGAGUUCGCUGUGCAAGUAGUGCGUCGCUGCGUGUGCUGGAGUCACACAGCCUGCGUAGUCUCGGAGUAGUUAUACACGUAUCAGACACGCAGUCCAGCUUCUUUGCCGGCAAUCAAAAUGAUGUGGACCACUACGAGAACGACCAAGUACGCCGUCGCCAUCUACAACUGGCGGGGCGACACGCGCUACGGACUGCCUCUCGAAAUCGGAGAGACCGUCCAGAUCCUCGAAGAAUGCGCAGGCUGGUACAGAGGCUUCUCGAUAAAAAAUCGCGCCAUCAAGGGAAUAUUUCCGAGCACCUACGUUCACCUCAAAUCCUGCAGAAUCGAGAACGAGGGACUCUUCGAAUCAGUCAUUCCGCUCGAGGAUCCGGUCGUUCGAGAGGUCAGCUUGGUUCUACGGGAAUGGGGCAUUAUAUGGAAGAGGCUAUACGUGGAAAGAAACGAUUACAAAUUCAAUGCGGUAAUGAAAGUAAUGUGCGAGCUGCUGAAUUGGAGGAGGCAGCUGCUGUCCGGCACCCUCACCACCGAAGAAACGCGCACACUCAAAUUACACAUUAUUGGCAAAAUAGAUUGGGGAAAUCGAAAAUUGGGCCUCGACUUGGUGCCUCGCCGUGGCGCGCAAAUGGUUGAUCCUGAGUCCAUGUCGGUCGUUGAUUUGUAUCAAGUGCACGUCGAGAGCGCGGAAAACUCCCAGAGCUCGUCGGCCCGCGGCACGCUGCGCCGCAAGGAGCCGAAAAAGAUCCUCACCCAUCAUCUGUACUUCUGCAUGCGCGACUUCGGCCACGCCAUCAACGAGGAGAACGAGUGCUACUUCUCGCUCUACGACUCGCGCCGCUGCCAGUUCAUCAGCGAGCGAUUCCUCGUGCGCAUCUCCAAGGACGGCUUCUCGAAUUACGUCGAGAAGAUGCACAGCAACUGCACCAUCUUCACCGAUCUGGGCAACGCCGACCUCAGCAAGGACCUCUUCCUGGUCGUGCACGUGAUGCGCUGCGGCCGCAUGCUCUACUCGGACUCGGGCAAGAACAAGAGCGGCGGCAUCGUCUACAGGCGACCUCACGGAGUCGGCAUACUGCCGCUGGCGGAGGCUCUGCUGCCAGAUCGAUCGGACGAUCAGGAGUAUACCUUCAAAGUUUGCCAAGGCGACGAAAAAGAGUUCCACCAACUACACGAGAUGCUUAUCCGCGGCCAGAAGUGCUCGCCGUUGCCCGGCCAACCGAAUUACGGAAUCGUGCUGUCGCUGAAAUUUUUGCACGGCGAGCUCAAUCAGGUGCACGGCGAUCAUCCGUUGCUAUUCAAGAACAUUUGCUUGACGAAGAAGCUCGGCUUUUCCGAUGUCAUCAUGCCUGGCGACGUUCGCAACGACCUGUAUCUCAAGCUCGAGCGCGGCGACUUCGAACGUGGUGGCAAGUCAACGGGUAAAAAUAUCGAGGUAACCCUGACUGUGCUGGAUGCCGAAGGAACGCCAUUGGAAGGAUGUCUGUUUGGAGCCGCAGGGGCCGAGGGUAGCUCCGAGUAUCAAAGUCUAGUGAUUUAUCAUCACAACAGCCCGUCUUGGGCCGAAACUCUCAGGCUGGCCGUACCGAUCGAAAAAUUUUACGGCAGUCACAUUAGAUUCGAAUUUCGACACUGUUCUACACGAGAAAAGAACGACAAGAAGCUAUUCGCUUUCGCUUUCGUGAGACUGAUGGAGGCUGGGGGCGCUACCCUCCAGGACGGCAUGCACGAGCUCUACAUCUACAAAUGUGAGGAUCGAAGCAAGCUGGACACGUUCAGUUACCUCGGACUGCCGAGCAAUGCUCGCGAACCGAAUUAUCCAGGGGUGGGGCCGUUCACGCGUUCAGCGAAGGAGGCGGUCUUCGUUCAAACUCUGCUCUGCAGCACGAAGCUCACUCAGAACGUCGAUCUUCUGAGUCUCCUCCAAUGGAAAGCCCACCCGGAGAAAAUUUCCGAGGCCCUGGGCAGGGCGCUGAGGCUAGACGGCGAGGAAGUCGUCAAGUUCUUGCAAGACAUUCUGGACGCCCUCUUUGCGAUGUUUCAUACCGAGGACGGAAACUCGACGGCGCAUUCGGGUCUCGUAUUCCAAGUGCUUAUCUCGAUAUUUAUCCACUUGGAAGACUCGAAAUUCGAGCACUUCAAGCCGGUCAUGAACGCGUACAUAUCGGACCACUUCGCGGCAGCUCUGGUCUACAAGGGCUUGAUAAGUAGCGUCCAGCAUUGCAUCGAGUGGGCCUCGGCCCCGGAGAAGCAGGAGUUCAUCCUCAAGUGCUUCCGCACCCUCGAGUACAUCUUCAAGUUCAUCAUACAGAGCCGUCUGCUGUACGCCCGUGCCACCGCGGGCCAGUACGAGGACAGCUUCCGCAAGGAUAUCUACUGCGUGUUCGCGGCGCUCAACGGCCUGCUUGGGCUGCCCUACGAGCUGGUGCUGUCGCUCCAGGUGGCCCUCCUCCACUCGAUCUCGGCGGUCUUCGAGCAGCUCGUCGACGUGCUGUCCAUCAUCGAGGUGACGACCCUGGCCUGCUCGCUGAUCGACGCCGUGCCCCGGGAGGCCGCCUCGCAGGUCAUCCAGGCCAAGCUCGAGGCCAUCAAGCGUCUCUCGACCACCGAGCUCUUCAAGGACGACGAGAGCCGCAACAUGCUGCUGACCAUGAUCUGCCGGCAUCUGCGCAUCCACCUGGCCCGCAGGGAGGAGCUGCGCACCUGCACCGACAUACUCGGCGAGAUACUGAGCUUCAUGUACAAGCGCAGCGACAACAAGGUCAACAACUGCCUGCACCACGACGUCGAGACCCUCUGCCUGACCAUAAUCGACGUGCUCGUCCAGUCGAUCCUCAUCAUCAUCAAUACCGGCGGCUCGAUUCUCAACUGCCUCGUCGCCUGCCUCAUGGGACUGCUGCAGCUGCUCGACGAGUACCACUACACGAGGCUCUGGGACGAGCUCACUAUCGGCGGCGAGAGGAAGCCCCUCAAGGACUUUUUGCUGCGGGUGUUCCUGGUGCUGAGGGAGCUCGUUCGCCAGGAGAUUUUCCCGCCCGAUUGGCUCGUUCUUAGGAUGCAGUCGAACAACAUCAUCUUGAAAGCUCUCCAAGAGCUUGCGCAACCUCUGGCGUUCAGAUUUCUGCACGGCAGCUUCGACUCUCAGCUCUGGUCGACUUACUUCAAUCUGGCCGUGGCCUAUCUCACCCAGCCCUCGCUGCAGCUCGAGCAAUUUUCCGAGGUCAAGCGCGAAAAGAUCAUGGAGAAGUACGGGGACAUGCGCGUGCUCAUGGGAUUCCAGAUACUGUCCAUGUGGUCGCAUCUGAAGGAGCGCAAGCUCGAGUUCAUCCCGAGCAUGGUCGGGCCCUUCCUCGAGGUCACCCUCGUGCCCGAGAGCGAGCUGCGCAAGGCCACCCUGCACAUCUUCUUCGACAUGAUGGAGUGCGAGCAGAAGGCCCGGGGCAGCUUCAAGUCCGUCGAGUCCGAGCUCAUCGACAAACUGGACAUACUCAUUAGCGAGAAUAAAGGUGACGACGAGUACAGGCAGCUCUUCAACACGAUAUUGCUGGAUCGUGUCCAAUCGGAAGAUCCAACCUGGAAGGAUAGCGGUACAGCGUUUAUUACGUCAGUCACUCGCCUUCUCGAAAGAUUGCUCGAUUACAGAAGCGUCAUUCAGGGGGAUGAAAACCGAGACAAACGCAUGUCCUGCACGGUCAAUCUGCUGAAUUUCUACAAGAACGAGUUCAACCGCAAGGAGAUGUACCUGCGAUACAUCUACAAACUGCACGACCUGCAUCUGGCCGCGGAGAAUUACACCGAGGCGGGCUUCACGAUGAAGUUGUACGCGGAUCAGCUGAACUGGAGUUCCAACGUCCUUCCGGCCGAGUACGGCCACGACCAGCAACCCGAGUGGAAGCGCAAGGAGAUACUCUACCACCAGAUCAUCAAGUACUUCGAUCGCGGCAAGUGCUGGGAGAAGGGCAUACCCCUGUGCAAGGAGCUCGCCGUCCUCUACGAGUCGAGGCUCUACGACUACGCCAAGCUGCGCGACGUCCUCAAGGAGCAGGCCAAGUUCCUCGACAACAUACUCACGCAGCUGCGCCCCGAGCCCGAGUACUUCCGCGUCGGCUUUUACGGCCUCAGUUUUCCGCUUUUCGUCAGGAAUAAAUUAUUCAUUUAUCGGGGCUUGGAGUACGAGAGGAUCGGAGCAUUUACUCAACGUUUGCAAACCGAAUUCCCGAGUGCUCAAAUAUUGACUAAGAACUCGCCGCCUGACGAGAGCAUCAUUUCUUCCGAGGGCCAAUACAUUCAGAUUUGCAACGUCAAGCCAAUCCCCGAGGAUUCGAGCUUAGCCUCGGCGCAAUUCGAAAUUCCCGAACGAGUCGUUUCGUAUUACCUGGUGAAUGACGUGCGAUGUUUCGUAUUCGAUCGACCGCUGCACCGAGGCCAAGUGGACCGCGACAACGAGUUCAAGUCCCUGUGGAUCGAGCGCACCAUCUUGACGACCGAGUCCAAAUUGCCGGGCAUCCUCAGAUGGUUCGAGGUGGUGGAGAAGCGCUCGGAGCUGCUUGCCCCCGUUCAGUACGCCUGCGAGACUAUGCAGACGGUCGAGCGCGAGCUCAGGCGACUAAUCGCUCAGUACGACGCGGACCCCCACCGAAACAUCAAUCCAUUCAGUAUGCGACUGCAGGGCGUGAUCGACGCCAAUGUUCAAGGCGGCAUUACGAAGUAUCAGGAAGCUUUUCUCACGCUUGAGUUUGCACGACAGAAUCCAGAGAUGAUUCCACACGUCGUUCGUUUGAAAAAUCUCAUUUUCGACCAGAUGAACGUUUUGGAGAGCGGCCUUCAGGUUCACGGUAGAAUAGCCCCGCCAGGAGUGCAGCCACUGCACAAGCGUCUCAUUGAAAGAUUUACUCAGUUGAAACAGAGUCUCGGACCCAUCAGUCGACAACGACUGGUUCAUCAAGACAGUAUUAUAAACUCACCGUUACCACCCGUUCCGGUGCACGACAAGCCUCGACCCUCCACGUUGGAGUCAGUUUUCAGUCGUCUGGGCAGAGCCGAGAGCGACGGAAACCUCGACGACGAUUGCUUCUACACUCGUCUCGAGGGCGAGCCACCACCGCCCAUACCGCAACGCGAGUCGCGACCCAAGUCCAUCGGCUACGCCGCCAAUACCAAUGGCUCGACGGUCACUCCUCCUCGACCGACUCAUCAGAGAUCUCACAGCAAGCCGUUGAGCCCGAAGAUGCAGCUUCGAACGUCGUUGUCGACUCCGACCGCCGACGGUGCCGAGCCGGUCAACAUGAGAAGUUCCUGGAGCGAACCGAGCAACGAGCCAGCACCACCCUUGCCACCUAGAGGUAUGUAUUAUCGAUGGUUUAUCGUGAAUUAUUUACAUCGCUGUACUUUUACCACGACGAUUGCCUAUUCAGCACCGGACAAACGUGAUGGAAUCGUACCACCACCCGCACCACCAAAACGGCCCUACCAAAAAAGAAACCAAGAGUGGAAUGGAAGCGAGGACGAGCAUCGGAGCUCGACCGAAUCCCAUGAUCCUCGGGACAGCGGCAUAUCUACCCUGUCCAGCCUUUCGGAUUUUCAGUCGCAUCUGCUGAAUCUCAAUAAUCUCAAUUACGAAGAUUUCGAACCACGUAACAGAUCCAAUGACGUUUUGAACAUUUCCCCCUCCAAUCUCAUCAACCAUUCCCAGAUGAGUAUGUCAACUGUGAGCUUUUCCAGCGUUACCAUUACCAAUAAUUUUCAAAAUUCUCAUCAACUGCUUGGAUCCGAGACCACCCCACCGCCGAUUCCUCCGAAAGCUCACCAAGACGGCCAGUCAGCUACCUCGACAUUGGAGCGCGUUACCAAUCGGCUGAAUCACAAUGCCUCGAACAAUUCUAAUCACCAUACGGAUAAUUACUCAGUGCCAAAGUUGCAGUCGCUCAGCAUAGGCUCCGACGCCGAUGGAAAUUUAUAAAUUUAAAUUUAUUUCCCAUCUCUAACCUAGUCUGAAAGAAAAUAAUUUUAUUUUUACACAUUAAG